AAAGGAGCCUUUAGGUUUUGUUUAUCUUUCUGGGUUUGUUCCCAUUCAAAUUUUUUUACCUUCUUCAAGUAUGAGCAUAAGGUAACAGUGUCUAGUUAGUUUCCUGCCAUUGCUUUUCAUAAUCCUUCAACAAAUAUGCAGUCACUCGAAUUCGGCCUUUGUUAUUUAAGCAGGCAAAUGAUGGCAGUAAUUCAUUCUUUUCUCUGCUUAGAAGUGAUGUGUUACACAUGAGAAUGUGUCCUAUUAUCAUUCUGAUUUCUUCAUAUAUAUCAAGUUUGAUGAGCAACAAAAGGAUUUGGAAAGAGUAGGGAUGUCUGCCUGGUUAUGAAAUGUUUUUGAUAUACCAGAAAAUGCUAAUUCGUUAGUGAUUUAUGUUUUGAUACACAUGAGCUGCCUAUACGACAAUGGACUCAAGAUUAUAAAGAAUUUCUUGAAUCAAUUAUGACAGGAAAUGAUAAAAUCAAGGACCCAUUUAUCAAGGAUUACAGAGAGCACAACGAUGACACCACCGUACACUUUGAAGUUAUUAUGUCCGAGGAGAACUUGAUCAUGGCAAAGCAAGAGGGCUUGCUAAAGAAAUUUAAACUCACCACAACUAUCAGCACAAGCAACAUGCAUCUGUUCGACCCAAAAGGCGUGAUUAAGAAAUAUGAAACCCCUGAACAGAUUCUUGAAGAAUUCUUCCACGAAUCAGAGGUCAUCUGUCAAACUUAGGUAUUUCCCCCCUUCUUCUUCUGAUUCUACCAUUGUGGUUGACCUCCCUAGGAGGGAAAGUGUAGAAAGGUGGGAGGCUUGUUUAGUGGGGCAUUUUUUGGG